AAAGUCUAAGCAGUGCAGGUGCUUGUACGUGAGCUCUUCGGAUUAUGAAAAAACAAAUAUCCUACUUUGGAAUAAUAUAAUACAAUGAAAUCAAGCGUCAACACCAAGUGAAUAGCUCUCCCAAAUCGAGGAAGGAAUUAAUUUAUAGUGUUUACAAAUCGUUAAUGAGUUAAUAGAGAAAAUAAUAAACGAAUGUGAGCGAGCUACGGGUUAACCUGUUGUGCUCGUCUCUCACAGCCACGUUACCUCAUGUAAAUUCACAAGGUGUUCUGGCAUGUGACACAAAUAUGAGUACUGUUCUUGUUAGUGUGGACUAGUGCUAGGCCAGUAUGAGUGUUGGGGCCCGGCCUAGGGUGUCGUGGACCUACUACACCCUACUCAUCCUCGUCGCUACACCAGACGUUUGUGUGGGCAGCCGGGGGUUGAGGAGGCCAGCAGUAGGCGGUGGAGGAGAGUUGAGCACCAACACCCUGGCCGAGGUGGACCAUCCAACACCCCCGGACUACGGGUCUAUACUGAAGGGCAUCAAUGGUGAUUUCGGCAUCCGGUCGGAGGUUGUGGAGGCGGCAGGGAAGGAACCCGAAUAUCGAGGGUCGGAAACUUUGGUGGUGCCGCUAUACAUCCCAGAGGGCGCCGUACCUAUUAACUUAGCACGUAUCGCCCGCUCUGGCAGCCCUCAACCCGUGGUGGAGUUGCUCAACAUGAAGGUCUCGCCCUCUGCUGACUCCGUCCUCAUCCGUCGAAUAGGACCUGUGAGUGGGCAGAGAGCUCCACCCCCUCCAAGACGCGGCAGCUGGCGGCCUCCACAGAGGACCAGAAUCUCCAGACUUCCUCCAAUACGCAGGUCUGACGUAGCAGGUCGACAGCCAAUACCCAGACCAACUCCGCCAACCUCACUGCUGGCGGAGUUCGGUCAGCGACUACCUGCACCCAAUGCCGCGCCUCUGGUGGCUGUGCGGCGAAUAUCAUCCUCCCAGACACUCCCACACAGCAACAACGAUGGCCUAGACAAUAACACCAGCAAGCGAGCCAAGAAAAAUGAACUUAGUAAAGACACUCAGUUUCCAGAUGAAUUUCACACCACACACAGACCCGAGGAUGAUGAUGAAGAUGGUGGUUUAGACACGUCCUUAGCGCCACACACCUCCUCGACCACCACCAAGAGGGCGCCAACAACCCUCCAUGGUGGUGGUGAUAAACAACUACCUACUGGCAAGUUCUUCAAAUCUUCACCUCAUACUACAACACCUGCCGCCACUACUACUACUACCUCUACAACAUCUACCACCACAGUAACACCCAUAACUACAACGCCUUCUACCACCACCACGACCACCACUACUACUGCAUCAACUACGACGACAGAAUUACCUACUACAACCAAAAGAUCCACUACAAUUACCACGACUCCAUCAACCACCACAACGACAUCAACCACAACAACAACCCCUGCAACAACGGUGUCCACAACCACAGAAACUAUGACAACCACAACUGAACCCGCCACACAAAGAACAACCUUACAAAAAGAUCAACCCUCAAGUACGACCAGCACUCCUUCCACGACCAAAUGGGACCGUCGGUCAGUUCUCUUCCCACGACCUGUUGAGUCUAUCCUUAAAACGUCCAAAACUGAAACUUCAACCACUACCUCAACAACCACAACCCCGACCACCACAACAACCAGGAGUCCAUCGCCUACUUUAAGAGUUCUUCCUGCUUGGCUCACCAGGUCGAAGCCAUCACCCACAAAGUCUCCAGUAAAUUUGACCACAACCACCCCAAGAACCCCAGCCAUAGAAAAAGUGACAUUGUUUACCAGGUUACGAACAGUGACUACGAACAGGCCUCUUACCACGACCACAGAGACCACAGCAACGCCAGAACCCACAACUUCAGGAAGAUUCACGGCGACGACAAAAUCCACGUCGACAGUGUCCAUAACAAAGAGACCACUGAGAGUAACACAGAGACCAGCGAGCACCACGGCUGAUCGAACUACGUCAGCUGUUACCACCUCAGCCACGACUACAAGACCACCAAUCAUCGCUCGGAGACCAGUUCUUGCUCCUGAGAGGUAUUCGCCCGUGAGGAUGAUGCCAAGUGUUAGUGAGAUCUUAAAGGAUUCUGCAGCACUGGGCCUUGAAAAUUCUAAAUAUGCUGAAGAUGAAGAAGAUGAAACCUCGCUAGAGACGACGCCUUCGAGUUCCUCUAUGACAGAGUCUCCAAGUGUUGACGACAUGCUCAAGGAAGUAACACCAGAAUCCAGUGUUGCUGAUGAGGAGAGUUUUAAAGCUUCCACGAGUAGGACUGUGAAAGAAAGAGAGAGGAAACUGCCGAUUAUUAGGUUCUCAGGAGCUGAUGAUAAGGAAGAUGAUAAACAAGAGACAACCACGAAAGUGAUCGAUUAUAAGCCAACUGUCUCAGGGCUGAGAAAGUUCACAGGACGUGCUCGAUUAACCCCAAGCACUUCAGACUUUAAGCUGAGUCCUGAGAGACAGAAUAGACCUCUUGGACAUAGAAGACGACGGCCAUUACGGACAAGAAUCACACUUCCUCCCAUAAUUUACACCAGAGAUUUCUUCACUGAACCAGAAGAAACUUUCACCUUCAGAUCAACAACACAAAACCAGAAGAUUACGAUAACAACAACACCAUCACCAUUGACAACAACUUUACCCACAACAACGGUGACAACUGACAAGACUCCGGAACAAAUAGUGCUGGAGAGCCUGACGGAGAUCAUGAAAGACGCCACCAACAACAACAAGAGCAAGGACAAGGUCUCCAGCAUAACUACCAACCUUGAAGCUCUCAACAAGCAGUUGGCUGAGAGAGGGAUCCACAUCAUCCACGCUGAGGUUGAUGGAGUCAAGAUUAAACUCGAUAAUCGCACAAUAACUCGUCCCAUAAUUCAGCCAGUUGCGACAACGUUCCGCCCAGUAACAGCCUUCAAUGUUUCAUCCAUUUCAGAGUUUUCCACGACAGAGAGACCUUCGACGAGUAUCUCCUCACCAUCUGUCAUAGAUCGAGUAAUUCCCACACAAGACGAGGUUGUGACAGAUAGUAAGGUAGACAAACAGAUCCUUACAUCAGUCAAGUCAUCCUUCUCAUACCAAACAUCGAAGCCAACAGAGGCUGAGGAAGAGACUGACAGUGACAACGAGGUGCAGAGCACCACCAACGACUCCAGCUACACUACCACAAAGCCAGUGGACAUCAGGAAGUUCACUGACAGGCCUGGAUGGGGCGAGUCUCCCAGACUAUCCCUCUCCUCCUCACUUCUUCCUUACGUCGAGGAGGCGGAGGAGGACCCAGCGAGGAAUAAGACUCAAUCAGAUGGCUACUCCAAAACACCACUUGUUGAGGAAAGUUCUCCACCUGUCCGGACGACCACCACACGAGGAGACCCUGACACUGAGGGAGAGCAAGAUGGCAGCGUGACGUCUAAGAGAAUCUUUGCCACCUCGACCGUCCCCGCCAGUGUCACCACCCGCACGAGGUCUACCACAGUCCCCAUCACCACACACAGACCCGCCACCAGACCCUUCCUUCACUCCCCGAGAGGCAGACCAAGACCUGGAGGCUUCACUGGGGAGGAGACCAUCGACCACACUAGCUCCAGCCUUGAUGGUAAUGACACAGGAACAAAGGAAACAGACUUUGAAAAUUCUACUGAGAAGAACACUUCCCAGGUGCUUCAUGUCCCCCGUGUUCCUGCCACCAUCCACCCAACCUCGCACCACCGCCCUACACUGCUACCGACACAUCCCGACGAAGGACCCAUCAGAACCUUUGGCGGCGGUGCCAGUAUCGCUGAUGUGGGUCAAGACAGAGCCUUACCAGCUACUACCACAGAAGAUGCCACCACCACACAGAGCCCAACAACUGACUCCAUCAUCACCGUGAGGAAGAUUCCAGCCAGAGUCUCCACGCUGAGGCCCAUUAUUGACCUCAUCACCUUUGACCAGGGGUCAUCUUCCACCACUGCCGAGCACAUUGAAAGUGACGAAUUCGACGACUCUCCAUCCUCACUGUCCUCCUACACCGCUGUUUACAUCAUAGGAGUAAUUGGCAUCAUCCCUGCUGCUGGCCUGGCUGCCUUCCUCGCCAAAAAGUUCUUGAAGAAGACGCAGAAGGCCUUACCUGAGAGUGAGGAGCGAGGAGAGGGCUUCACCCCCUCCACCCACCACUCCAGGAAGCCAUCACACUCCACGACCCUGGACGUGGACGGGUCGUCAGUGGAGGCCAAGAACCCACACCCCAAGUACACACCCUGGGAGUUCCCGAGAUCCAAGCUGCGUCUUGUGUCCAUUCUAGGGGAGGGGAACUUCGGAGUGGUGUGGAAGGCAGAGGCACGGGAACUGUGUGCGUGUGAGGGUGCCCCAGGAGGUCCUACAGUCUUGGUGGCAGUGAAGGGCGUGAAAGAGGGUGCUGGUGUGAAGGAGAGACAGGACUUGCUUAAGGAAUUGGCCAUCAUGCAGCACAUUGGUCAACAUCCCAACGUGGUGACUCUCCUCGGCUGCUGCACUCAACAGGAACCUCAUUUUGUGAUCAUGGAAUACAUAAUGUUUGGUAAGCUGUUGACCUUCCUCCGAGAUCACCGAACACGACACAACUACUACAACUUCUCGUCUGACACUGAAGCCUUGACUUCUAAGGAUCUGACUCGCUUUGCCUGUCAAGUAGCGACAGGGUGUGAUUACCUGCAGUCUCGUGGGAUCAUUCACCGUGACCUGGCCUCCCGCAACAUCUUGGUCGACCACAACAAAGUCUGCAAGAUCGCUGACUUCGGACUGGCUCGCAACGUUAAAGAUCUGGGGACUGAUAUCUACGAGCAGAAGAGCCGGGGAGCCUUGCCGAUCAGAUGGAUGGCGCCUGAAUCUCUGUACAUGAGUAUAUUUACCCACAAAUCUGAUGUCUGGAGUUUUGGUAUUAUGUGUUGGGAGAUUGUCACUCUGGGUUCCACACCCUACCCUGGCAUGACGGCACGGGAGGUGAUGCGUCGAGUACGGGAAGGAUACCGCCUUGACCGCCCUGACCACUGCCACCCAGAACUGUACCGCAUCGUGACCAAGUGCUGGCACCAAGACCUGAACAAGCGACCCUCCUUCUCAGACGUUAAGGUGGAGUUGGCUCAGCUCCUCGACCACGGUCAACAAGGUUAUAUUGACCUGGAGAACUUCCCUGAAGGCAGCUACUUCUCCAUGCAUGAAAAUAAUGAUGAGAAACUGUGAUGAAGACUGAUUCACCACUGCCACCUUUACGCUACUCAACAUUUGUCAUUUUUUUCUUACGUCAACAGUAUCAUGGUUUUAAUUUUUUGUCAUUUAUCAGCUUUGAGAUUUUUUUUUUUAAUCAUUAACGUAAGAAUAUUGUAUUGUAAAGAUAAGUGUUGUGAUGACAGAAGGCAAGAGUCUCUGUGUUGCUCUAUCAUCCUGGUUGUCACUUUACCCAAAGCUAUAGGGUAGGAUCGUGUAGUGUACAGUAGUGCGACAAGCAGGUCUUGCUCGUUUUUUUCUUCUAUGAUAGACCUUUACCAUAAAAAACACUCGUCUGCACUGUGUUAAUACUGACAAGUGUUGGUUAGAUGAAUCAAGAUAAAACUAUUCAACCAGCACAGAUUUUCAGAUGUUUGCACGAUCAAUAGUCCUCAUAAGUGAAGAUACAGGAAUAUACAAUCAACUACUGAAGUUUGUUAGCCUCUCACCCUGAACCAUGAACCCCCAAGAGAUUCAGACUCGUAAAUCUGAAUCAGGUGACUGAUACAUAAUUCUGUCCAUAAAUGCUUCAGAUUCAUCAGUCUGAAUCUCCGGGGUUCGUGGUGGUUCAGGGAGAGGUGAAUGGACUUUCAAAAAAAUAUCAUCUAGACAUAACAUCAACAUUAUGCCAAGACUCUACCUUCAUGUAACACUAGAUGACACUAAGGUGUACAUAAUAUAAUUAACAAAGAUUCACCUGUCAAUUGGUGUAAGAAACAGCAUCCAAUUUGAGUCUUUAUUAUAACUCUGAUGUCAUUUUUGUAUGAUAUUUUUUUGAUGUGUGUUUUAGUAUAAAGUCAACUUGUUAAAUGUAUUCUUAUAUCUACACUUAACCAGGAGUAUGUAACGUAAGAACAGUGUUAAUCUGUGGGCCUUAAGGAGCUACCAGUCUGUCACUUUCUCCUCUCAGUCACAGAUCAAUGCUGGCUGAUCUGUCAACACUAAGAUGUCUAUUAACAAGUACAGAAUUUCCUCCUUUUUUUCUACUUUAUUCAUCCUGUUAGUAUCUUGUAGUCACUGCAUUCCUUCCUGACCCAAACUUAGAAGUUGAGGGAAUGUUGUUUUUAUUAUUACAUCUGACACACAAAACCUUCCAAUGCAGUUUUAUAAAAAUAUCUCCUUUUUGAGCUUUACCAAAGAUGGCAUAGUUAACUCUAGUUUGUUCUUAGAUACUCUGCCUGCCUGCCUGCCAAGACUACCAUAAUAAAUCAAGAUAAGAAAUCUGACUUAUGGAGAAUUUUCAGUGAUCAUCGUCCUGAAAUUCCCAAUUUUUUUUUAUUAUUUAUUAGUCAAUUGUUUUUACUGUGUCAGACUGAAGGUUUAAUAUUCUUCUUGACUGACCGAUUGAUUUAAUGAUUGACUAACACACACACAAGCACUCUAAUAUGACUUCAAAAUCCUCUUCGUGUCUUCCUCUUCAUCAGUAUACAAAUCACUUCACCUGUGUUCAUGUAUACAAAAAUAGUUAUACAUUGCUACUGUAUUUUAUUAUAAUCAUUAUUUAUGACCCAUUACGGAAAACAGCUUCACUAGAAACUAUUUACUGCUAUAACAAGUAUGAUAUGUCCGUCCAGUACAUUUAAUGUUUUUGUUUUUAUCUAAAGAUAAGUAUUUUAAUGUGUACAGUAUAUAUAAUUGUAUAUAUUUUGUUGUUGAAAAUUUUGGAUAUAUAUUGGCACUGAUGACUGUUGGGUGUUACCUUUUGCAUAGAUCGAGUGUCACUGAGCCACAACAUAGCAGUCAUUGUUCUUAUUAUCCUUGAUAUAACAAGUGAGCAUUAAUGCAUACUUCUUUUAUAGAACAAUCUUGUAGUGCAGUAUACAUUGAAACCAUUUGGAGUAUUAGAACCCACAUAUUAGACAAUUCUUUAUGGUUUCUAAAUGAAUAUGAACUCAAAUACUUCACAAUAUUUGUAUAGACUUUAGAGAUAAAUUUAUUUAAAAAACAUAAGCCAUUUUGUGUGAUAUUUGUGUUAUAUUUCUUUAAAAUGUUGUAUAUGUGGGUUGUAUUGUCAGGUACCAUGUUUUAUUUGUUUUUCCAUAUCCUGUCCAUUUUGGCUAAUGACUAUAUUUGUCAGGUAUAAUUUGUAAGUAUGUCUC